CCGGAUUAGGAUAAUUAGGUAUACUUUUUUAAAAGCACAAAAUGCACAACAUGAAAUACGUCAAUUCCAACCGUUAUCCUUUAAUACUUUAAACAUAAAUUAACUUAAACACAUGUAAAAAAUGAGGAACGUUUUCCGCAGAGAUGUUUUCCAUUACUGCGACGCCAUGACUUCUGAUCGGAGUCCCGGACAAAUGAGAAAAGGAGCUUUUUGGAGAUGCAGUUCGAGAACAAGAUGGCUGUCCUGGGGCAAGAAAAGUAUCUUUCUUCUUCCACAUUUGAAAUAGAAUUUUAAUGCGACCACCGGCGACAUGUAAAUAGUUAAUAAAGCCACAACUUGAAUAGCUUAUUAGGUAACUUUAACCUCUUUAAAGGCAUAACUUUGUGACGGAGGACAUCGUGUUUGUCUUGAGACGAAUCGAAGACCGAACAGUUUUCCUAACGGGUUGCAGAGAGUGAAAAUUAACUCACUACCGCUGACUUUUUAGUAGCAUGAUUUAAAUGUACCGAGUGUGACUUUCACACACCGCGUAACCUCUUUAUCUAACGUUAGGUUAGUUAUUCCUCCAAAUUCCCCAAACUGUCUGCCUGCGUGUUUUUAUGCGCUUUGCGGUUGAGUUCAGCGGAUGGCCGAAAUGUUUCAGCCGUUGUAAACAUUUAUGAAGUUUAUCGUUCUUUACAUAACUGUUAACUUUUUUUUCUCCCGCCGACAUAAACCCGCGUUAGUUACACUAAAAAAAAUAGGCUAACUGGACCAUGAGUUCAUCCCGAGUCAGACCGCAGCAGCUACCGCAGAGCCAAACUGGCAGGUUGCCCCACAGCCUCGAGCCGGGCGAAGGCAUAGAGAUGGAGAACAUCCAGCACCGGGACCUGGGACUCGGAGGAGUGAUCGGCACCCCGUCCCCUCCGUCGAGACAGGCCUGGAGCAGGGAUAACCCGGGGUUUGAGCCCGAGGAGGAGAUCAUGGAAGCCGACUGGCCUCCGGCGAGUCCCGGCAGGAGGUCGGUGUCCACGGCCUCCAGCGGCAGCGGCAGCGGAGGCGGCGGCGGCCUGGGCAGUUACACCGGGGCCGGCAGCAGCACCCAGAUCCCCCGAGGAGGACUCUACCCGACCCCGAGCGGGGAUGCGCGGCCGCCGGACAGGCUGGACCACCGCAGCUGCAUGAAGCGGAUGCUCCAAAGGAUCAGAAUUCUGUGGGGCACAGAGCUGAUGGAGGACAGCGACAGCAGUCGAGAGAGGUACCUCAGGAACGUGCUGAGGGAGAUGAUCACAUACAUAACAUUCCUCAUCACUAUUUGUAUAUUGACCUAUGGGAUGGUGAGUGCCAAUAUGUACUACUAUACCAAAGUCAUGUCUCAGCUUUUUUUGGACACACCGCUGUCUGCCGGGGACCCCUCCACUUUUAGAAGCCUUUCAACCAUGGAGGAUUUCUGGAAGUUCACAGAAGGACCUUUUCUCAACGGCAUGUACUGGGAGGUGUGGUACAACAACAAGAGCCUGCCGGAGAAUCAGAGUCUCAUCUACUAUGAGAACCUCCUCCUCGGGGUACCACGGCUCCGGCAGCUAAAAGUCCGAAACGAGUCCUGCUCCGUCCACGAAGAUCUGAGAGACGAGUUUCUAGACUGCUACAACAUGUUCACCCCGACCAAUGAGGAGAGGGCCUCGUUUGGCCCCAAGAUUGGAACCGCGUGGGUGUACACAUCAGAGAGCGACAUGAACGGGAGCAGUUAUCAUGGCCAGAUUUCUAAAUAUGGAGGUGGAGGCUACUACCAAGACCUGUCUCGUACUAAAGAGGAGUCAGCAGCCCAACUGCAGUUCCUCAAAGACCAGCUGUGGCUGGACAGAGGCACCAGAGCGGUGUUUCUCGACUUCUCCGUCUACAAUGGGAACAUCAACCUUUUCUGCAUUGCCAGGUUGUUGGUGGAGUUUCCUGCUACUGGCGGGGUGGUGACCUCCUGGCAGUUCCAAACAGUGCGUCUGAUACGUUAUGUGUCCAGCUGGGACUACUUUGUGGGCCUGUGUGAGGUGGCGUUCUGUCUAUUCAUCGUCUACUACAUGGUGGAGGAAGUGCUGGAGAUCCGCAUCCACCGCUUGCAUUACUUCAAGAGCCUGUGGAACUGUCUGGACGUUCUCAUCGUCGUGCUGAGUGUCGUUGCCAUCAUUAUGAACAUAACCAGAACAGCCAUGGUUGGAAGCCGUCUUAAAGGCCUGUUGGAGAAUCACAUUGCUCACCCGGCGUUUGAGCCUUUGGCCAACCUGCAGGUCCAGUUCAACAACAUGGCUGCGGUGAUCGUCUUUUUUGCCUGGGUCAAGCUUUUUAAGUUCAUUAACUUCAAUAAGACCAUGAGCCAGCUGUCCGGCACCAUGUCUCGCUGUGCCAAGGACCUGGUGGGUUUUGCCAUCAUGUUCUUCAUCAUCUUCCUGGCCUACGCUCAACUGGCCUACCUGGUGUUUGGAACCCAAGUCAACGAUUUCAGCACUUUCCAAGCCAGCAUAUUUACCCAGUUCCGUAUAAUUCUGGGAGACUUUGAGUUCUCAGAAAUAAUGGAAGCAAAUCCAGUGCUGGGACCCAUUUACUAUACAACGUUUGCCUUCUUCAUUUUCUUUAUUCUCAUGAACAUGUUCCUUGCCAUCAUCAAUGACACAUACUCUGAGGUGAAGGCCGACAUGUCCCAGCAGAGGUCUGAAAUGGAAAUGACAGAUCUUCUUAAGAAGGGCUGCAACAAAGCUUUGAUGAAGUUAAGACUCAAGAAGACGGCCGUCGAUGACAUCUCCGACAGCUUGCGUCAGGCCGGGGGAAAACUAAACUUUAAUGAACUCCGCCAGGAUCUUAAAGGAAAGGGCCACACAGACGCAGAGAUUCAGGCCAUCUUUGCCAAGUAUGAUCACGACGGCGACCAGGAGCUGACAGAGAAUGACCACCAGCAGAUGAGAGACGACCUGGAGAAAGAGAGAGAGGACUUGGAUCUGGAACGCAAUUCGCUGACUAGACCCAGCAGUGGGCGGAGCUUCACUCGUACACAAGACGACUCAGAGGAAGACGACGAUGAGGACAGCGGCCACAGCUCUCGUCGCCGUGGCAGCAGCUCAGGGGGUGUCUCCUAUGAAGAGUUUCAAGUGCUGGUGAGACGGGUGGACAGAAUGGAGCACUCAAUCGGCAGCAUAGUGUCUAAAAUAGAUGCUGUCAUCGUGAAGUUGGAAACCAUGGAGAGAGCCGUACUUAAAAGAAGGGACGUGCUGGGCAGACUGCUGGACGGAGUUAUGGAGGACGAGCGUCUGGGACGGGACACGGACGCCCACAGCGAGCUGCUGGAGAGGCUAGUGAGGGAGGAACUGGAGCGCUGCGAGUCUGAUGAUACGGUGUCACAGGUCAGCCACCCACAGCCCGCCACUCCCGCCGGCCCCCGGCCUCGUGCGUCCUCCUCCCUGUCCACCGACGGCAUGAGCACAAACGGGAGCAGCCACGUGUGAGGAUUCCACUCCGGCAAAAAGACAAAAAAAAAAACUCUCCACUGGAUAUAUAUCUGCAGCCGUACAAGUGACCAAGAUAAUAUUUCAUGGAGGUAUUACAAAAAGGAGGUGACGAAAUCAAACGCACUUUACCUCCAACACUUUAAUGCACUGAAAGUGGAGUGGGGUUCUCCUGUGAGGCAUCUCACUAAAGCUACUAUCAAGUAUUACCUUAAAAGGUUGAUGAAAGGAAAAAUGAGGUUGAAGAGUAACAAAGUAUUUACAGUACAGUGUUACUAUGUUACCGUAUUAGUUACAGUAUUGGAUAUAUAAACACACAAGCCACACUCGGUUGUAUUCUGAAUACGCAGCGUAUGGUUUUAUUAUUCCAUGGGAAAUAUGCUCCCCUGCUUUUGAUUACUGUAUCCACACAUCUAAGCAUUUACACAGAUACCAAAAAUGCAUUUCUUUAAAUUGUGCUGAUUCUUUUUCUCAUCAUUUUAAUACACAGUAGGUACAAGUGUGACACAUUCUGUCAUUUUUACUUAUCCUCUAUACAUCAGUUAAGCUUCCAAUUAAAUAGCUUAUAAUUUUAUGAUACAUAUUGUAACUUAAAACAAACUUCGAUUUGGAGUGCAUCUAGUGUUCAUGGGAAACCCAUGCAUUUAUUAUUUUCUCUGUGCCUUACAUUUUUUACAAUCUAUUUCUUUUUAUAAUCUGUUAUGCCAAAUAAAGUGUUAUGAAAAUAUAUGUUUGUAUU